AUGAUCCAAACGUCUGAAUUGCGCGGUAUAAAAAAUCAAGUAGUUCAUUCAAAAAUUUUUUCAAUUAUUGAGGUUAUACGCAACAAUAUCAACAUUUUUUAACAAUGAGUUCAUUUUUCGAUCCAACAAAAAAUCAACCCAACCCACCAGCUGGUACAUUUUUCGGGGCUGGAGAUGCAGGAAGGACAUUACAGCCGUUAACAGCAGCGCAACCUCAAGAAAAACCUAAUUUCGGCCCAGGAAUUACGACAACCUUGACAUUUGGCUCAAAUCCAGGAACUCAGAUGACCCAGCCGUCAAUGAUUCCAUCCUCAGUGCCAACAUUCAAUCCUCCCGCACCAACUUCAAACGUAACUUCUCCUUUUGGAAUGACAACAAGUACCCCGCUGAAUUUAGGAGGAUCAAAUAUUCGUAUGCCUGGAGCUGGUGGCUUCUCAGUCAGUACCGCUACUGCUGCUCCUACUCUCAGUACUUUAUCAACCCCAGCCCCGAAUUUCGGGGUUCCAAAAUCAACUCCAGGAUUUACACUCGGAGCUGCAGCAACCAAUCCAGCAACACCUAAUCUAUCAUUUGGAGCACCAGCAUCCACUCCAGCUACUGGAUUUAAUUUAACUGGUACUGGUACUGGCACGACAAGUUCAAGUUUAGCACCAGGGUUUGGAUCUCUUUCAACAUCCACACCGGCACCAAACGUUUCUCUGUCAAAUAAACUGACUCUGGGAUCAAGUGCUACCACCGGCUUUAAUUUAACAUCAACAACCAGCUUGCCCGCUGCUACAUCAGCUCAACUAUCACUAUCACUGGGUGCAGCUGUACCAAGUACUACUUCAUCGUUAAGCGGAUUUUCAUUGCCCGGAACAACCUCAGCAGCUACCACGGGCUUCAAUCUCAGCGGAGCUACAACUGCAGCACCUGGAGGAUUUUCAUUGAAUAAAACAACUACAGCAGCAGCUGUGGCUCCAAAUACGACUCAAACUACUGGAACAACACAAACUACACUAGGAACAACUACAACUGUUAGUUCCUCGUCGAGUAGCGGGCAAUUAGGCGCGAUUAAUUUCUGCCAGCUAGAAGAGUCCAUUAAUAAGUGGACUUUAGAGUUGGAAGAGCAAGAAAAAGUUUUUAUGAAUCAAGCUACACAAAUUAACGCUUGGGACAAAUUACUUAUUGCUAAUGGGGAAAAAAUAGUUACCUUGAAUCAACAAGUAGAGAAGGUUAAACUUGAACAACAACAAUUAGAGCAUGAGCUUGAUUAUGUUGUAGGACAACAAAAAGAAUUACAAGACUGUUUAGUACCUCUUGAAAAAGAACUUGCUAAUAUUUCAGUUUCUGAUCCAGAGCGAGAAUAUACUUAUAGACUUUCGGAAAAAUUAGACACUCAGUUGAAACAAAUGUCUGAAGAUCUUAAAGAAAUUAUUGAACAUCUUAAUGAAGCUAAUCGUGCUCAAGAUUCGAGUGAUCCAAUUGUUCAAAUUGGAAAAAUUUUAAAUGCACAUAUGAACAGUUUGCAGUGGAUUGAUCAAAGAACUUCAAUUAUUGCGCAAAGAAUUCAACAAAUUGAUCAAAUGCACCAAAAUUUUAGACAAGAAAAUGAAAGAAGUUUCAGUUUAGCUUAUAAUUAA